CCCAGCUUCCUCCCAGCACCUCCCACACAGCUGGAUGACUUCCGACCUUCUCCUGUGUCCCAGAACUUGGAAAAAAAGAGGGGUGGGAGUCCAUGCACAGCGGUCUUUGUGUGUUCUAGCUGAACCUUAGAAAAGGGGGAGUCAAAGAAGGAAAAUUGGGGCCUCGGAGAGAGAAGUAGCCUGGGAAGAAGGAAAGAGAAGGAUUUCGAGGACCAGGGUUCGAGCCCCAUCCCUGCUAGUCACUGGCUCCCCCACCCUUCCUGGGUCUCUGUAAGAGGAUGGGGUUGGAUUCGAUGGCGUCCAGUGCCCCCUUCCAGUUCUCGGACAAGGAGCAUCCAAGAAAUCUGAUUCCAGAGCUCUGUAGACAGUUUUACCAUUUGGGCUGGGUCACUGGCACUGGAGGAGGAAUUAGCUUGAAGCAUGGCAAUGAAAUCUACAUAGCUCCAUCAGGAGUGCAAAAAGAACGAAUUCAGCCUGAAGAUAUGUUUGUUUGUGAUAUAAAUGAGCAGGACAUCAGUGGACCUCCACCAUACAAGAAUCUAAGGAAAAGCCAGUGUACGCCUCUCUUUAUGAAUGCCUACACUAUGAGAGGAGCAGGAGCAGUGAUCCAUACUCAUUCCAAGGCUGCUGUGAUGGCCACCCUUCUCUUUCCAGGACGGGAGUUUAAAAUUACACAUCAGGAGAUGAUAAAAGGAAUCAGAAAGUGUACCUCUGGAGGGUGUUACAGAUACGAUGAUAUGUUAGUGGUCCCCAUUAUUGAGAAUACACCUGAGGAAAAGGACCUCAAAGAACGAAUGGCCCAAGCAAUGAAUGAAUAUCCUGAUUCCUGUGCUGUGUUAGUCAGGCGUCACGGGGUCUAUGUCUGGGGAGAAACAUGGGAGAAAGCUAAAACCAUGUGUGAAUGUUAUGACUACUUAUUUGAUAUUGCAGUAUCAAUGAAGAAAGUAGGCCUGGACCCAACCCAGCAUCCAGCCGGAGAAAAUGGAAUUCUGUAACCCAGGGUUUAAUUUUAUCCAGUGACGGAACUGAAGUCCAGAUCAUGAAUUCGGGAGGAGGAGGAGGCUGUGUGUGCUGUUUUUGUAAAUUUACUACAUAUUCAUAUCAGAUGUAUUUUGUUAUUAAUAUAUCACCAAAUGCUACUCACAAAGUAGGAAUUUGUUCUCAACUUAAUUCAGCAAAUGUUGAUUAUGUCUUCAUAUGAUGUUUUACUAAAACAUGCAAUGUGCUAGCACAAAUGGAAAUGGAAAUGUCAUCCCACAAGGUUUCUGUGGGCCCUUUGUUUGCCUCUUCUACCUCGUGUGCUUCAAACAAACCCUCAAUGGCCAGAGCUGCAUGUGCUAAUCACAUUUACUGGCAGGGAUUUCUUUCUCAUAAAAAUAGUCAUAGAAGCUGGUCAA